AUGACAAUUGAGGGCGAAGAAAAUGAAGAUGAAUCAGGUUGGAAAGUAUACUUUGAUGGAGCGGUCAAUUUUAAAGAAUCAGGAAUCGGAGCCAUCUUGGUUUCAUACUCAGGCCAAUAUUAUCCAGUGGCUGCCAAGUUGAACUUUAGUUGUACCAACAAUAUGACUAAAUACGAAGCUUGCAUCAUGGGUCUUCGUCUUGCUCUCGACAUGGAUGUUCGAGAAGAAUGGGCCACCAAGAAUGAAAAGAUCAUACCAUAUGUUGGACUUGUGCAAAGAAUGACGGAUCAUUUCCAAGAAGUCAAGUUCAAACAUAGACCAAGAACCCAGAACGAGUUUGCUGAUGCAUUGGUGACAAUACCAUCCAUGAUUCAGCAUCCUGACAGUAGGUACAUUGAUCCAGUCAAAAUUGAAAUCAAAGAUCAACCAGCCCAUUGUGCUUUUGUAGAAGCAGAGAUCGAUGGGAAACCCUGGACCCCAGACUUGGGUUUGGCCAGAUGUGUGGACUCUAUCGAAGCCACAAGAUUGAUUGAAGAAGUAAUCUUUUUGGAACUGCCCUGUUCACAUGAAUGGGUUCGUGCUAGCGAAGAAAAUCUUAAAACGAGGUUAUUGCGGAUGACCAUGGAGAACGAUUGUAGCAAAUUCGUCCAGAAAUGCCACAAGUGUCAAAUUCAUAGAGACUUGAUAAAGGUCCCUCCGACGAAACUAAAUGCUAUAACGUCACCUUGGUCAUUCGCCUCUUGGGGCAUGGAUGUCAUAGGACCAAUUGAGCCAGCUGCGUCAAACAAACACCGCUUCAUUAUGGUAGCCAUAAACUACUUCACCAAGUGGGUGGAAACAGCAUCUUAUGCAUCAGUAACAAAGAAAGUAGUCGCAAAUUUUGUGCGCAACAACAUCAUAUGCCGAUUUGGCAUCCCAGAAUUAAUCAUAACAGACAAUGGGGCUAAUCUGAACAGCCACCUGAUGAAAGAGAUAUGUGCUCAAUUCCAAAUCACUCAUCGGAAUUCAACUGCAUACCGACCACAAAUGAAUGGAGCUGUAGAAGCCGCCAACAAAAACAUCAAGAAGAUCCUAAGAAAGAUGAUUGAUAACUACAAAGACUGGCAUGAGCAAUUUCCUAUGCAUUUUCUUGGGAUAACUCUUUGA